CGAACAAAGAUACAUACCACUACAACCCCAAGCUCAACAACAAUGUCGUCUGGUAACGUACCAAAGAUUGAAAGGCUUAGCUGUGUCCCUAACGACUACCCCUGGGGUGAGGUCGGCAAUGACAGUUUGGCCGCUCGUCUAGCAUCGAAGAACGGUGCCGUCUCGUUCGACCUCAAGCCUGAACAGGCCUACGCCGAGCUGUGGAUGGGCACCCACCCGAAUAAUCCUGCCCACCUAUUCUCAUCCCCCGACACACUCCUUUCCACCCACCUCAAAAAGAACCCUUCCUUACUCGGUGCAGCCAAUCGAUUUUCUCCUCCCUUCACUGGGGCAAAGGGCUCUGGCGCUGAGGGCCAGGAAGAAGGACAUGUACCUUUCUUGUUCAAAGUUUUGACCUGCAAGCAAGCUCUUCCAUUGCAGAUCCAUCCCGAUAAAGCUUUGGCCAAGAAGUUGCACGAAGAGAACCCUAAGCAAUUUGGCGAUAUCAACCAUAAGCCGGAAAUCGCUGUCUGCCUUUCAGACCGUUUUCUUGGAUUUGCUUCCUUUCGCCCAUACGACAAAAUUGCUUCACUCUUGAAAAGUGUUCAAGAAAUUUCUCUUCUCCCCUCUUUGCUCCAGAAGUCCAUUAAAUCGUUCAUUUCUGCCCCCUCGGCCGAAACUCUUCAACCUACUUGGGAGGGAUUCAUUAAGCUCGGAGACAACGAGGAAUCAGUCAAGAAAUUCUCGGACCGCGUACUUAGCCAAGGACUCAAGGCUUUUGACAGUGUAGAUAUUGAAGACGAGGACAAGAACAGAUUAGUGCGAGCUGUUGAGUUGGGAAAGAAGUACAACCCUGGAGAUGCUGGACUGUUCUCUAGUUUGCUCUUUUUGAAUCUUAUAGAGCUUAAAAAGGACCAGGGUAUGUACGUCGGCGCCGAUGGCCCCCACGCUUGGCUCGAAGGCGAAAUCGUUGAGCUUAUGGCCAUCAGCGACAAUGUCCUCAAUGUUGGCUUCACUUCUGACGACUCCAAAGAUGAUCCUUCAUUGGUUGCCAAGGCUGUAACUUGCACCCCCAAAGCUAUCAAGGACCUUCUAUUGGAUGCCUCCAAGUACUCCAAAUCUCAAAAUGGAAGGACAACAGUCUAUUCAACUCCUUUUGAGGAGUUCUCUAUCAUGAAGAUUGCAGGAGAUGAAAUCUUAUCUCCUCUGGAUGGGGCCGGAGUUGCGGUCGUCCUUGAAGGAGAGUGGACGGUCGAAGACCAAGAAGGAACAAAGCGAGGAGGGGAGGGUACUGAUGGUGAAGGAGGUGAAGGCACUAUUUGGUUUAUUGGUUCUGCGACUGAAACGAAAUGGACCGCAAAGGGCGGUAAGGGCCAGAUCUGGAUUGCUUUCUACGACAAGACUGCCAAGAAGGACGACGUCGGAAAGAAGUAGAUGUAAUUUGCGUUAUAUGUCGUAUUAUAAAUAUGAAUACUUAGUAAAUAAUGC